AUGUUAAUUACAUUAUACAAAAUGGUUACUCCGAAUCCAACAGACUUAUAUCGCUUUUGUGAUCUUGUAAUGGAGUCAGUUGUAGAGAUGAGUCCACCCUCGUAUGAUCUACCUUGGCUUCCUGGGUUUGAAGAAUGUAAAACAGACUAUGAACGUGUCAAGAAGUUUAUGUCAAUGCCAUUUCUUAGACAAUUUAAAAUCUCAAUCUCUGACCAAUCAGCUGUGAAAAAUAAUUCCAUUGCUAAACAAAAACGUGAACAGGGAAAUGAAGCAUGGCGUACUAAUAAUUUAUCUUUAGCUCUUCGUUACUACACUGAAGCGAUUUUCUUUGCCAGCAGUUCUGAAGAAAAAGCUUUAGGCUAUGGUAAUCGGUCAUGUGUUUUAAGUCGUAUCGGUGUUCAUGAAGCAGUAUUACAAGAUAUUGAUCUGGCUAUUAAAUAUAAUUUCCCUAAAGAUCGUCGUCCACGUCUAUUUAUACGUCGUGCACAAAGUCUUAUUUCGCUGAAACUCUUUAAAGAUGCAUUAACUGAAUUCAAUAACUGUGUGGAAUAUAUGAAAUCUGAAAAUUUAACUAUUCCAAAUAAUUUAAAUGAAAUGAUGCAAAAGGGAAUAAAAGAUUGUUCAACUAUAAAAAAAGAUGAAGUAUUGAUUGAUAAUUCAGUUAUACCGUACUUUGUACAUGAGGCGAAAUCGUUAAUAAUGAAGCAUGAAAACACUCAAACGAUCAUUACAAAGAAUUAUAAUAAUCCUAAUAAUGGCAGUAAUAUCACAGAUCAUAAUUUGCAUCCAAGCAUUUUUCGCUCUCUCCAUUUACAAGAUCCACCAGCUGUGAAAUUAAAUUAUAAUGAUGAAUUUGGUUGGCAUAUCGUAGCGACAAAAAAUAUUCAACCAGGUGAACUUCUCAUACUAGAUAAACCGUAUUCUUGUAGACUUCAUUACAAUAGAUUAUUACUCAAUUGUUAUCGUUGCUCUAAACGAUGUAUCAAUCCUAUACCCUGCCGUAAUUGUACUCAGGUUGGUUUUUGUAGUGAACUGUGUGAACAAGAAGCUUGGAAUCCAGUAUGGAUUGAUAUUAACACAUCAUUGCCUUUAGAGUCGACAGCUGAUUUAUCUUUACCGUGCCAUCGUUUCGAAUGUGGACUUGUUGAUCGACUGAUUAUAGAAGAUUAUGCUGGUUGGAAACGAUUACGCAGUAAAUCGUCAAAUGACUUGACAGUAUCAAUAAAGAAAUUGAAGUCAUUCAUUGAUAAAUUAUCUGAUGACGAUGUAAUUGGUGGACCGAAUAUUUCAUGGCUUGCAUUUUCUCUUUUAACUAAAACUGCCCCGAAUAUUUUGAAUAGAUUAAUCAAGAUUUCCUUAAAUAAAUUAAUUUAUCAAAUUGAUGAAAACCCAGUAAACAAAGAAGAAUUAUCAUCAUUUACUGGUAAUCGUGUUAUUCCACAACAAAAUUGGGAUGAUUAUACAACUGUUGAUUGGCUGAUAACAAAUUCAAUUAAACGUAAAACUAGUGAUUUAUGGCAACGGACUGUUGUAGCUGUUUAUUUAACUUUUUGUCUUGAAGCCGGUGGUUAUCCAAUUACCAGAGAUGUUGAUGAUAAUAGUCAAUUGGAUUGUACACUACUCUCAUUUGAUUGGGCAUCUACAUGUAUAUUACAUCAUCUUCAAUGUAUCUCAUCUAAUGGUCAUUCGUUAUCAUUACCUGAAUAUAUUUUUACAGAAAAUACUACAACUGUUCAUAAUAAUAAUACUAGUGAUAAACAACACAAAAUACCCGGUAUAGAUAUAAACAAAUUGACAUCAACUGAAAUAUCUACUUGUUUAUAUCCAGUUUUGUCAUUAAUCAAUCAUUCAUGUGAUCCAAAUAUUACCAAUGUAACAAUUGAUAAAUUUCAAUGUGCGAUUUAUUCAAUCCGACCUAUUAAACAAAAUGAAAUUAUUUAUGGAAAUUAUGGUUUACAUUAUGCAGUACAUUCUCUUAAUGAACGUCAAAGCUCAUUACAAUCGCAAUAUCAUUUUCAUUGUGUAUGUCAAGCAUGUAUAGAGAAUUGGUCACCUCUCAUUGCAACUACUAAUAGUAUAACUAAUAGUAAUAAGGAUUUCCAAUUAAAAUGUAUUACGUGUUCUGGUUUAAUUAAUUUUAAUACAGUAACAACAUUAUUGGAUAGUGAUAAUAAGUCAUCAUUAAAAAAUAUCCACUAUUGUCAAUGUAGUCAACCGAUCCAAUUGAAGUCAUUGAGUAAAUUUCAAAAACUUGUUUACAAUGAUUUAUACACUAAAUUUAAUACUAUACCAUUAACAUUUCAAAAAACUUCACCGAAGAAAAUGACAAAUAAAUUUUUAAAUAAAUUUAUUGUUUAUACUAAACAAAUGUUAGAUACAGAACAUUUAUAUAGUAUACUUCAACGACCUUGUACUACUUUAGAUUGGUUACAAGAAAUGCUUAAACAAUUGCUUGAUCUUCAACACUCUGGUUGGUCAUAUGAAAGUAAAAUAAUUCGAUCAGCAUUUUAAAGGAUGUUCUAAUGUAUAUUUUUGUUGCGUAAUUCUGUACUUUUCCCUAUCGGAUGAACCGAAUUCUAAUAUUGUUCUCUUAUUUGAUGGAUUACAGUGACAUGGGCGCAUCAUCCGCAAUUUUUAUCUUCUUCUAAAUAAAAUGAUUCCAUUUAACUAUAAAUUUCACAAAUGAACAUCGACUGAAACCUUUCAACAAUAAACAGUAUGACAUCCAACAAUCCCGCCUCGCUCUCCAUUGACUCUCGUUAGUUUGAGUUUGUAAUGGAAAUUUUCUUUAAAACGAAUAAAGUUUGAAUCAUCCAUCUAGAAACUGGAUACUAAUCGGUACUUAUUCAUUCCUGUCUUCCUUAUUCUAAUGUUUUCGUUUUACUAUUCCUAGUCAGAACUACGUUAUGUUUCAUGUUGUGUUGUUCUAUUUAUUUGUGGAUAAUUUUGUAACCAUGACUCACCUUAUUGGAGUUGGUCAGUAGGAAAACAUUUAUUUAUGAACGAACUUUUGAUGCUUUUUUCCAUUCUUAUUUUCUAUAAUUUACUACACUGAACGUUUUUUCAAAAUUUACCUUAUGACAAAAUGUUUUGUUACAUGAUAUAGUCAUUUUAAUCACUAUCCCGUUAUCUCUUAGUUUGGUCAAGAUCAUAUCACCGGUCAAUUUCAUUCGUGACUUCUUUCUUCCAUUUAUUCAUAGAAUUUUUCUGAAGGAAGUUACUAACGUAAUAUUAAUAUGCUUUUUUUCUAUAUCAUCCAAAUAAGUCUUCCAAAGAAUUUUUGAAAAUAAAUGGAUGCUUUCAUGAUACCUAAAAACAUUUAGCACUUUUUUUAUCUUACAUAACUUUAUUAUUUGCUACAUCAUUGUGAUCUGUCUUCUUCUUUACUAAUUUUCAUCUUAUUUCAAGUUUUUUAUAAGUUGUUAUACGGCCUUGAAGUGUAGUUUAAUAUUUUAGAUACUUGGCAACUAAUUAUAUUAAGUUUAAUUAAUAGAAUCUUGUAAGGAAAAGGUUUGAUUUG